GGAACGGCUUUAGACACUAGAGCCGGAGUUUAUAUAGAAGACCGUAUAUAGCAGAGCUUAGCUAAACUAAAUUGGGAUUUCGUUUUAAUUUGCUUUGUUUAUGGUGAAAGAAAUUCUGCUCAGGCUUCACGAUGAGGAAGAGUGAGUUGCAUGCCGCCGAGUCGGUGGCUUGUCUGAAUAAAGCCCUGGAUCACCUCAAGGACAUCUGGGAGGAGAUCGGCAUUCCAGAGGACCAGAGACUGCAGCGCACUGAGGCGGUCAAAAUGCACAUCAAGAACCUUCUGGACAUGAUGAUAGCAGAGGAGGAGGGGCUGAGAAAGCGGUUGACGAGCAGCAUCGAGUCGUGUCGGAAGGAGCUCGCCGGUUUGUGCGAAGAGCUUCAACUCUCUCCAUAUGAGGAGGAUGAUGGCCUAAGCAUGCUGCAGCUGGAGAAGGAGAUUCGCACACGCCUGAAGGUGAUGCUGAAGCAGAAGAACCAACGCAUGAGCGAGCUGAAGAGUCUGAUUCAGCAGGACCGCGAGCUGUGUGACAUCCUGUGCGAUAACCUGCACCCCAUCGAUCCGGACCGUGUUCCCUCUGCCCAGCAGCUGCAUGACUACCAGCAACACAUCGCCAGCCGCAACCAGGAGAAGGAGCGCCGCUAUGCCGAGUUCGUGUCCCUCAAGCGCCAGAUCAUCAACUCUAUGGAGGAUCUUGAACAGAUGCCCGACACUAGCUUUGAGAGAGAUGUGGUGUGUGAGGAGGAGGAGGCAUUCUGCCUCUCGGCAGAAAACAUCACCGCCCUGAAUGUACUACUGAGCCAGUUGGAGAAUCGGAAAGCAGAGAUUGAGGCGGUGUGUGUGUCCUACCGUGGCCGGAUCGCAGAGCUGUGGAACAGACUGCAGAUCCCUCAGGAAGAGAGAGACUUCAUGUCUGAACACAUGCAGUUUAGCAAAAAGAGGAACAUGGAUGCUCUACACAUUGAGGUGGACCGCCUGGAAGAGCUGAAGAUGAAGAACAUCCAGAAUUUCAUCGAGUCCAUCAGAGCAGAAAUCCAAAUCCUCUGGGAGAAAUGCUUUUACAGCCUGGACCAGAGACAAGCCUUUGCUGCCUGUAACUCCGAUAAUUUCACUGAGGAGCUUUUGACUGUGCAUGAGCAAGAAUUGCAGAGGCUAAAGCAGCAUUAUGAGCAUCACAGAGAGCUUUAUCACGGGGUGAAUAGCUGGCAGAAUAACUGGACUCUCUACCAGGAACUGGAGAAAAAGGCCAGGGAUCCAUCUCGCUUUCACAACAGAGGAGGCAACCUGCUACGAGAGGAGAAGCAAAGAGCAGAGCUUCAGAAGAGUCUGCCCAAGCUGGAGAAAAGUCUGAAAAUCCAGAUUGAGCAGUGGGAGGAAGAACACGGCUCAGAGUUCCGGGUCAAUGGGCAGCACUUUAUGCAGUAUGUGGAGGAGCAGUGGAACCUUCACCAAAUGGAGAAAGAGAAGGAGAAACUUGAGAGGCAAAUGAAAAAGAGCAAGCAGACGGAGGAGGACAUGCUGUACGGUACAGCACUCAAAACCCCCACUAAGAGAAGACUAGCAGGAGCUCCUACACCUGGAAAAUCCCGCAAGCUAAAUUCUACCUCCAGCAUCAUUAGCUCUACGCCAAACACCACCUUGCGCUCCAUCGGCCAGUCUCCAUCCAUGAGACCGCCUCUCUCUGCCAGCAGGAUUGGUUUGGGUUUGCGCACGCCCACUCGUAUUCGGACACCCCGCGGCCUGGAGAGGAACAAGGAAAACGUUUCUCAGCUAAGUGGAGCGCUGCGCACCAUGGCCUCCAGUCCAUACAGAAACUGCUCCAUCAACUCUGUCGCCAGCUCCUACACAGAGUUUGCGAGGGAUUUUGGCAACAUUGAAUCCACAACCAUCUCCAGCGAGAACUCUCACAAGCUUCAAAGUCCAGCUGUAAGACUGGAGUUCUAAACUCCACGAUCACACGCUAGGUGCUGCUGUGCUGGAACCAUGGCACUCACUCCACCAGACUGCUCAACCACACCGUUUCUGUAUAUGAAGAGACAUUUUAAGAGAUUGCUGAAUGUAAAAUUACCUGCAAAAGAUAUGUGGAACCUGUAAAUAUUUUUGACUUCUGUUUUAACCAUUUUCCUCUUUCUUCUUUUUUUUUUAACCUGCGUCUUAGCUCCGAGCAAAUAGGUUUUACAUGGACAUCAAGUCAUGAUCAAUAGUUUUUAUAAAAACUGCAAUAAACUCCUUUCUUAUUUUUAACCAUUCUUUUGGGAUUGUACACAUCUUAUGGAUUUGGAAGCACCUAUAUGUUGCAUUAGGAUCAUCUGUACUGUGUAUUUAACUUUAGUUCUACUCCAUACCUAACACUAGUCCUUCAUUCCUUGAAAUGUUUGUUCAGUUGCAAACACUAAGGGCAUCCUGUAAAAUAAAUUUCUUCAUUCA